UAACUAAAUUGUCACGAGAUCCGUCUAGCGGUACAGCUAUUCAAGAAAUUAAUUUCUGGCUAAGUAUGGAGCGAGCGUUAGAACAGAUCGAUGAGCAAUUGAAAAGUGAUCAAAUUGUAUUGACAAUGAACAUUUUAAAGCAUGCAAAACGGUUCCAUGCUACUGUGUCCUUUAUUGCUGAUACUGGUCUAAAGGAAGCUACCGAUAAAGUGCACAAAUAUAAUCUUUUAAUGAAAGAUUUUCCCUUGAACGAAUUACUAUCUGCGACGGACGUAGAUAAAGUUAAAGACGCUUUACAUUUAAUCUUUGGACAUUUAAAUAAAAAAUUAAAAUUAUCGCCGUACCCUAUUAAGAAAGCUCUUCCGCUCGUUGAAGCCAUCUCACGCGACCUAAACGAUCAACUACUAAAAGUAUUAGGAAGUCGUCGGCUCAUGUACAUGGAAUACGAUGAUUUUGAAAAAGUAAUGAUUGGCGCUGAAGAA